AUGAUGAAAGCCAUCCUCUCCACCCUGUCUGUGAAGCCAGCCAGGGUUUAUGGAUCUUCAGCUGUUAAAAAGGGAAACAAUCUCACAGUGAAGUGCAGCACAUUUGGAUUGAACCCAGCUGGAGGUCAUGUGUUUGUUUACCUUUGCAAGAAUGGGGUUGGUAUAGCAAUGAUGGAAAGCAAAACGGUGGACACCAGUUUCACUGUGGGAAACAUCACAAAAGAGCAUUCAGGAAACUACAGUUGUGUGUUCUCCAGAACAAAACACCAUCUCGGGGAUGUGAAAGGAGAAGGACACAAUACUAUUUCUAUCAAGGUGAUUGAUAGUCUAUACCCUGCGGUGAUAGCUGUUGAUGAGUCCAGAGUGAGAGGAGGGGCAGACGUGCACUUCAGAUGCUCCUCCACUGAUGCUCCAGACACAGAUGUUCUUCAUGCAUACUUCUGCAGGAAUCAGACCAUCAUUGACAUUAAGAUGUGGGACGCUCAGAAGAAACAGGCUAGUUUCCAUCUCAGAAGUGUCCAGGAGGAUGACGCGGGCAGCUACAGCUGUGUGGUGUCUGGCCGGCUGCUUGCUGCAACAGAGUUGGGUGCCUGUGGAAAUCUGAACGUUUUUCUUGCAGUGUACGAAUAUCCUUCCUCUGCUUUUAGUCAAGUGAUGCUACCAGGAAUGUAUGUAUCACUGUCCCUGGUAUUUCUGCUGUUGUUGUUCCAACUGGCCUGGUACCUGGGGAAGAGGAUAUGGCCAUGUAGGAGACACCCACAGGUAUCAGGUAACCAGGAUGGAGUAGACACGACGUAUGCAGUGGUCAGUGAGAGAAAUCAAAACUCAGAUGAAGCGGAAAACAUGAGCCAAAAUGAGUUCUCUGACUUCACUGAAGAGGAGAACAGUGACAGAGGAUACGCAGAGGAUGUCACAUACCAGGAAAUUGAGGAUAACAGGGGGCAGGAACAUGCUGACAUGUGGACAGGUCCUGACGGAGCAAGAGUGUCACCACCAACCAAAAAGGUUCUCUAUGCCACACCACUGAAGAGCAAGAAACCUUGUCAUGUGGAUUAAAAUGUUCUGUCAUUUUGUCUGCAAAAGCAUUAUCUUUGUUUCAUAGUCAAUGAAGGUCUACAACAUAAAGAGCAGUAUACUGGAAUAACUCUGUGUAUGAAAUGUGUUAAGACAAACUUGCCUUUUUUGCAUCUUUGGCUGAAUGAUGCAGAAGCAGGCAGUCUGUACAACACUGCCAUCCAAUGGCAGUAUUGGGAAGCACAAGAUU